AUGGACGAAAUUGAGCUCAUCCGGAGCUCUUCGCUAGACUCAACAGAACAAGAAUCAAAUUUAUCCGACCUGCUCAAACGACUCGACCCAGAAGCAUACAAGCUUGUCUGGAACAACCCGAAGAAGAUAGGAACCUACUUGGAGAGCUACGCUUCUCAUGAAUCGAUCAUUGAGCGCAAUAAAAACUCAAAAGUUGUUCAUGAAGACACUCUCAUCUUUUGGAUAUCAAGUGAUCGAAAGGUUCUCAAUGAAAGGAUCGACAAGAGAGCGGAUGGAAUGGUGACAAAGGGGUUGCUAGAAGAAAUAAAGCAGUUUGAAGAGAAGUAUGGCGUAGUGAUGGGUUCGUCGAAAUACAUUGUAAUCAAAGAUGAGAAUCUUUCGCGACCCAAAUAA